AAUCGUGGUCGUGGAAGGAGAAAGGAAAGAAGUGAAGUAACAGUGGUUGGUUGAAUAACGGGUUGCUUUGACAGAUAGAAGCAUUUGACCGGAGUGGCACUGGAAGGCUCUGCUGAACAGGAAAGGGCAGGCCAAAUACAACAGCCAACAGCCAAGCUGAGGUUCAUCAUGGACGGGAAGAUUCGAAAGCAUACCUAGUUACCUGAGAAUUGUCAUUGCAUGUGACAUUAAUUGUUUCAAACUUUUGUGGCUAAUAGCUAUGUAUAAGGACUUGGAGCUUUCUAACGAUCAUUUGUUUGCUGGGUAGUAUUCCAUCCACGUAGCUUUGGAGCAGAAACUAAGAACAGGAAGGAAAUCAGGGUAAGUUGGUUCGCUAGCUAGCGAGUAAGUUAAGCUUAGCCUGCAAGUUCAAGCUGGGUUGCUGGGCCAUGAAACAAUCCCCCUAACAAGAUAUCAAACUGGAUGAAUAAGUGUAGGUCACAAACCAGCUUGUUAUACGGUAGCAGGAACAAGUACCGUCGUGCAUUUAUUGUUGGAGGAUCACACUCUGGUUAAAUAGCUAGCGCGUAACGUUAGCCAACUGUUGAAGUAACCUAGCUGCUUUUCUGCCUUUUAAAAAUAAAGCUUCACUCCAUUUUGUUAUGCAAUGAGGUUUUGCACGGUGGCUAAUGUGUUUGUUUGCGUGUUAAGUUAGCAAGUGAGUAAAUAACCAGCUCCGAAAUCAGUCGACAUAGCCAACAUUGUAUGUUAUCGGUAUUGUUUCUGGUGUGGAAGUAAGACACUUUUAAAAAGGACCCAGAGCUAACAGUUACUCAGUCGAAUUUAGAAGACGCACUCGACCAUGGCAACAGAAGUGAUUGAAACUGAAACGGAACUUGGAUAUAACAUUGACGUUACAAGUAAUAUGGACUUAAACAAAGGUAAACCCGAAUCGGACACACCCAGGCUAUUUGAGAACCUGGAAAACGGGCCCACGGAAACUUUGACUUCGGAAGAAGAAGAACCCGAUGUCUUACGCAAAAGGACGGAGCCUUUGUCGGAGAGUGCUGGGGACGUAUUAUUGCAGAGUACAACCAAAACAGGAGAUCCGCAACAUGAAACGUCGCUGGACAAUGGAGAAAACCCAGAGGAGACGCGGGUGCGAAGCUCGAGUCCAGUCCGGCCCUCCCCUCCGUCCUCUCCUUUAGAAGACAGUGGAAGCUUGGGGUGUCAGGAAUCAGUGGAUACCGCAGAGGCCAGUCUGAGUCUGGAGGGGGUGGAACUUAAGGAGGAGUGGCAAGAUGAGGACUUUCCCAGACCCCUGCCUGAGGAAGAGGAAGAAGACCUGCAGCUGGAAGAGGAGCUUUUUAUUGGCGCACCCAUUGAAGAGAACCCAGGAACACCAUCUUAUGGACUAAAUGGUGACAGCAAAGCCAAGAAGAAGCUGGAGGCCCCAGACAUCAGCUUAACUCUGGACCGCACUGGAAGCUCGGUUCUGACCAAUGAGCUGGAGGAAAGCACCGAAAUGGACCUAGAAGAUAUAGAUACUCCAUCUGACAACAGCAAUGAGUUUGACUGGGAAGACGACCUGCCCAAGCCCAAGGCCACUGAGCUGCUGCAGCAGGGCGUGGAGUCGGUUCAGGAGCUCUCCGCGGCGGAGGAGCGGGAAGAGGGCCGGCGCUGGAGGGUGUUCCGCCUCGGGGAGCAGGAGCACCGGGUGGACAUGAAGGCCAUCGAGCCCUACAAACGCGUCAUCAGCCACGGAGGUUACUAUGGAGAUGGUUUGAAUGCCCUCAUUGUGUUUGCUGUGUGCUUCAUGCCUGAAAGCAAUCAACCAAACUACAGAUACAUCAUGGACAAUCUAUUCAAGUAUGUCAUUGGGACAUUGGAGCUGCUGGUGGCUGAGAACUACAUGAUCGUGUACCUGAACGGCGCUACGUCCCGCAAGAGGAUGCCUAGUGUUGGCUGGCUCAGGAAGUGCUAUCAACAGAUCGACCGCAGGUUACGGAAGAAUCUGAAGGCUUUGAUCAUUGUCCAUCCCUCCUGGUUCAUCCGAACCGUUCUUGCCAUCACAAGACCCUUCAUAAGUACAAAGUUUAGCCAAAAAAUCAAGUACGUGUUCAACCUGACAGACCUCGCGGAGUUGGUCCCAAUGGAGUAUGUGUCGAUACCGGAGUGCAUCAAACAGUAUGAUGAAGAAAAAAAUAGGAAAAAGCGUAAAAGGAUUGACCGGGAUAUGUGUGGAAAAGUGGAGAUAGCUACUGCAGCUGUGCCACAGUGAGAGAAGGAUCCCCACCCCUCACUGAGAAAUGAGCGAGACUGAAGAGUGUGCAGAACCGCUGCAGUUGUCAUUCAUUUGCAGCACCUUGGUCUCACUGCCCAUGGCCUGUAGAUGCAAGUGCUGAAGAAAAGUGCUUUCCUUGAUAUGUUCUGGUUGCAUGUUACAUGGUGGAGGCCCUCGCUGUGUCCUUUAUGCCAAACACUCGAUGUGCAUUUGACAAUCACAGUGCCCUGACUCAUGCAUUGUAAUAACCUUUUAUCAAGCCAAACAGACUUUUUUCUUUUUUCUUUUUAAAGAAUGUUGUAGUUACUGUUUGUACUGUGCACAUAUUUAAGGCACAAUGUUUGUUUGUGGGUGAUGCAUGUUUGCUUUUGCAUUUAAAUGUAUAUUUAUAUUCAUAAAGUGAUAAAGGACAGAGAUUAAUAUAUUUUUAUGUUUUUAAGAUUUCAGCCUUAUUUGUUGGUUUGCAGAACCACAGAAUCAAAUAUCUCUUUUUGUGACUGGGUACAGCCACUGUGCACUGGAACCCUGCAUGAACUUCACAUUGUGUGUCUUUUACUUGCCUGUCUGUAGAGAAAGAGCAGGUAAGAAAGCAAGGUCAUUUUGAGUUUUAAAUAAAGUUCAACCCGGUCGGAAUGUUAUUAUUAUUAUUAUUAUUAUUAUUAUUAUUAUUAAUUGAAAGCUGUCGUUGCCAAGUGAUUAAGCCAUUUUAAACAAGAUAGAUAUUUGAUUUAUAUUUCAUGGAAAUGCUUAUAUUUUGAAUGUAUUUUCUGCAACUGAAUCUGGAUAAUCAACAUUAAAAUUCUGUGCUCGA